UGAUAAGUCUAUUUCUCGUUCGCGAAGAGAUGAACAUUCUUUUUUUAGAGAGACUGCUACACGAAGAAUGUAGCAAUAGUGCACUCUGUACAGUUAGUGAUAAAAGCACCCAACUCAAUGGACACUUUCAGUGAAUUAAAAAAUGAAUAACGUUGAAAUUGAAGACUUUUACCAUCAUGAUUUCACCACAGCUUCAGAAUGGGAGGUGUUCAUAGCGAGAUUAGAAGAAAUUAUGCACGAAUGGAAAUUACCCAAUACAAAAAUUGGACCUUGUUUAAAAUCAGGAGAUUUUGUUAACUGUGAAUGGGAUCAGAAUUCAGAAAAACUUCAGUUUGCUGAUGCGGAAUUUAUAUUGAAACAUUUCAAAUUAAAAUUAGAGGAGAAAGAUGAUCUUAAUCCUGUGGAAGAAAGUGAAGAUGAAAAAGUACAAUGUCACAAAGAUGCACUAAAUGCAUCUAAUGAUUUUGCUAGAAUCGAUGGGAAUCAUUUAGAAAUAGCUCGCUAUUAUGGCAUUAGAGAAUUUCUUGUUUUACAACCUGUCAGAAAAGAAUCUGUAACGGAUGAGACUAAAAUUAAAAUUUUACUUAGUUCUCUUGCAAUUGCUGUUACUAAUGCUAAUUGUGACAUACCUACACUAGUGCAGGUACAAGAACCAUGGCAGAAAAUGUAUCUUGGUACUAGCAUUGGUAAAGGUGUUUGUACUCAUUUUGACAUGGUACACUUGAAAAAGAUACCGCCUCACUGCAAGUAUCUUACUGGCUUACUUGCUUUAUUUAAACAGAAGGUUGGGGAGGGUUGUGGAGUAAGACUUGAUCCAGCAAUGAUAUCUAUAAGAUUUUCAUAUCUAUUAAAGGAUUGGACUAAUAGCACAUGGACUCAAGAACCCCCAGAUUUUGAUUUUAUGCAAGGAGAAACAUUAGGUGUUGCAGAACUUGGUAAACUUCCAUUUGGGGCAACAUGUGAUCCAAUAGCGGAACUUCACCUAUUUACGACAUGGCCUGAAAUGUCGGAAAAUGUUGUAGUUGAUAGCGAAGGUUUUACAGAUUUAGAACCACAGUUAGCACCUGAAUGGUCUGUUCAAGUAAAAAUGGUUACCUCUCCGGCCUGUUUACUUGGAGAGUAUUUAAUGGAUUUUUUGCAUCUUUGCAACAAUCAGAAGACUAUGGUAGACUUACUUGGAGAUGCUGUACUUUAUGCUCAACAGGAUGAUCAGUCAUUGAGUUCAGUAUUCAACAUAUUAACGGAAUCUAAGAUACCGACGAUUUCAACCGUCGUUAGCAAAGCAACCACGAAAAAAAAUAAGAAUGUGGGAGGACCCAUCCCGGAAGAAAUAUUAUUAUCAAUACUUUACUUUUUAUUCCCUGAUGCAGACGAACAUUCGAAAACUCCUUAUGGUGAUCUGACCAUAUGCAACGUGGACGAAGACCAGUGGAAAGGUGUGAAAACUUGUGCAAUGGAUAGCUUAGUGUGGCGACUUGCUAUCGUUGCAGCCCACUGCACGCAUAAUCUCGGAGGAAUGACAGCACUGGCGCAAUUAUGGUACGAAUUUGUACAAGAAAUCAGAUUUCGAUGGGAGAGAAACAUCCUCAUACCAGGAGUCAGUCCAGGAUUUCCGGAUUCCGUGAGGACUUGCAUACUGCAUCAAAAGUUGCAGAUGAUGAACUGUUGCAUCGAAAAGAAGAAGGCUAGAGAAGAAUCGGCGCACAAGUCUCAAAGUGUGGACACCGACGAGUUUGAAACAGAGUCGGAAGAAGAAGAGUUUUUCGAGUGCACCAGCGAGGAACCAACAAACGAGGACGAUUCGAUGACAAGGACACAGCUGAAAGCGAAACAUCUAUUGUGGAACAAACCAGCAGGAAGAUUAGCCAAACAUCCUUCGUUCAAGUUGAUUCAAACUGGGGAUCCACUUUACUUGCCGAUAACACAGGAUCCUGUACCAAAGACUGAAGAUCAACUCGAGGAAGAUGCACAAGUGAUGAUGCAGCUUGGGACUGAUAAACACGCUUCAGAGAUGCGGGCUAGAUUAAUGAGCGCCUCUUUAUUAUCUGAUAUGGAAUCAUUCAAGGCAGCAAAUCCCGGAGCAGUUUUGGAAGAUUUUAUUCGAUGGUAUUCGCCGAGGGAUUGGAUUGAAGAUGAUGGAACAGAUGAAUGGGGUCAACCUACAGGACAUUUAUCAGCAAGAAUGCUCAUUCCAAAUAAUCCAUGGUCUACAACUUGGAGUUCAGCUCAACCAGUUCCUGCCCACCGACAAAAAAGGUUGUUCGAUGACACGAGAGAAGCAGAAAAGGCUCUACAUUUUCUAAGUUCUAAGCGCAUAGGACAAAUUGCACAGCUUCUCUUACCGGCUUUAAAUCACGCUGCACUUUAUACUUUAAGUCAACAGAAGCAAGAUGCUUUACCAAAUUUGCCCGAAGUUGCGCUCAGUAUACUAAACAAACUGCAGUAUGCAACAAAGCCUAUUCAUCAAAAACUACAUUUGUAUGAGGAAAUUACUCGCGAUAUCGAAGGAAUUGAAGCUCUAGUUGCCCAAGUAAAUUCCUUGCAACACAAAUUAGGAGGAAAUGAUGAUUCGAAAGAAUUCACUUCCUUUCUCAUCCAAUUAAUGCGAGGGAAAGAAGUAGAAGUACCGGGUGGUUCCAGAGGAAAUAUUGGUAGUCGAAUAACGACGAUGUUCAGAGACGCUCAAAAAGCGGCACUCAUCAUGACGUCUCUUAACAGUAACGCUGAUAUAGAUGCAAUUGGAGAUAAUAAACUGAAAACAUUCCCCGAACCUUCGUGUAAAGAAUUUAUUUUGCGUAUUAUAACACCACGACCUUCGCCAACCUCUACACCUCAACCACAAAGGAUGUAUGCGUGUCUUAAACGAGAUUAUAUUCGCUUGGCUGGAUUCUUUUCGGAGGAUUCGAUAUUUUUAUAGUCUAUAUUUUUACUGUGUUUUACUACAAUAUGAAUUGAUUUGAUUUUUUACACGGUGCUGUUAGAAUUCAGUAUAUGUCUUUCAUUUUAGUUGCAAUGAAAUACAGUCUGUUGUAUAUAAGCGUAGAUUUAUUUAAAAAUUUUAAUAAAUAAAAGAGAAAAAAAGAUUUUUAACUUUAAGAAAUAUUAUAAUUUAAUUUAUAAUAAUCUUACGGAUUUUAUUGUUUAUACGUACAGAAGGGGAGUUAUUUACCUUAUUUGAGUCGUUAUGAAGAUGUGUUUGUCUAUAUGAAACUGAAAUAAACAUAUCCUGUGAUUUUUAUUGUGAUUAAAUUGAUAUGUCAGAAUAAUAAUUAAUAUCUACGCUUAUUUAAAAUAAACUGUAUCUUCUUGUACAUUUUCACUGAAUUUGUAAGAACGGAAGGAAGGAAGAAAAACAAUGCUCAGUCUAAAUAAAGUAGAAACGUUGCUAAGUCUUUCAAAUAGAGGUAUGAAUGUGUUAUUGUUUCGAGUACAAGUAGAAGUAUCUAAAAGAAAAGUAUUCCCAACAUUUCGCAAGAAUUUUAACGACUGAUUAUCAGAAAAAGUUUGCGCGGUCAUACUGUUUGAUAAAUUGAAAUCAAACUUCUUGAAAUAAUUCGAAAAGUAUAACAACUCUGGUGUAAUUACAUGUAUACAAGUCUGAAUUAUUUACAUAAUUCAAUGAUGGGCAACUAUGCCUGAACAGCAUGGAAAGGAUAUACUAAUAUUUAGUGUAGCUACACAUAUUUAUUAUAAAGAAAACAAUAAGAUCUAUUUCAACCUAACACUUGUUACGAAGAAAGGUGCACUUAUUUUGUAUAGCCUUAUAGCGUUCUUUCCCUAAUGACGAAAAUAAAAUCAAAAUAGGACUUAAUUCAAUACUUACAAAUAUAACCUAAGAUGUUUAUUCUAAUAUAAUAACCUUGAAGUAUAUUAGAAAAUUAUAGAAAUAAAUGUUGAUUACUUUGUAAAAUAAAAUUAUACUUCAAAAAAAGUUAAAAUUGAUUAAAUUUUUUAUUAUAGAUCCGCGCAAACUUUUUCUGGCACUUAAUAAUUUCAUCAAGCACUUAUG